AUGAGCAGCAGCGACGUCUACAAUCGCGCCCUGUGGCUUCUGAUAGCCAUCAUGGGGUCUCUGAUUCUUACUCUCUACGUGGUCUAUAAGCCGCCGGCAUUUUUGGUCCGGUAUUUCCAACGACGGUGGCCCGACGUGCUUUGGGAGGUGCCCACAAGGAAGAAGGUGGUUGCUCUCACCAUCGACGACGCCCCGUCGGAAUACACGUCCGACAUCUUGGCUAUUUUGCGAGCCCACCAAGUGACGGCAACGUUUUUUGUCAUUGGGUCUCAGAUAGUAGGCCGCGAGGAGGUGCUGAGAAGAGCUGUGCGAGAGGCCAACGAACUGGGGAACCACGCUAUGGAGGAUGAACCGUCACGGUCGCUGAGCAACCCUGUCCUUCAGGAACAGGUCUUGGACGUGCAGCAGCGUAUCCGUGAGAUAUACCGGGAUGUGGACUUGAACCCGCCUCUGAACCUGUUUCGACCCGGAUCCGGAUUCUUCAGUACUCGAAUGCGCCAAUUACUUGCGGGGCUAGACUACCGUCUGGUCCUCGGCGGUAUAUAUCCGCAUGAUGCGCAGAUCCCCUACUGGAAAGUCAAUGCAUAUCAUGUGCUGAGCAUGCUGCGACCCGGGGCCAUUAUCAUCUGCCAUGAUCGACGGAGCUGGACUGCGCCGAUGCUGAGGCAUGUAAUCCCAGAAAUCCAACGGCAAGGAUAUCGAAUAGUCACUGUAAGUGAGCUACUACUGCAACAGGACUAA